AUGAAAUUCCGAGGAUCGCCUGUACGCCCAGUCCGUUACACGGAGCCAACUAGUACGUUUGCUUCGGAGGUGCCUCUGGUACCAGACAGCCGUAACAGGUUGCUGGUGGACCUCGAAGCAAGGGGGUCCAGACUAGCUGACACUGCCUCAGGCGCAUUGUACCGUGUUCUGUCGGGCUGUGUACGAAGGCUGUACGGGGAAGUACAGACAGCGUCUUCACUGUACGGCUAUAUUGAUUGUGACCGCGGAACUGGGCUGACUAGGGCUGCCUCGGGAAGUCGAAAUAUCUCGGGGAAGCCGGGGCCUCGGAAGGAAAAUACUGUUUCAGCAGAGCCAAAUCUGCCCACUGGCCAACAGUCCAGUGUAGAACCAGGUGCUCUCUAUCCGGCGAGUCAGUUAGUAGACCCUUGGAAGCUUCUACAGAGGACUGUAUCGUGGCUUCCACGGCUUUCGUUAACAUGGCUAGGAUGGAUACAAGAACUGGAAGUCACAUUUAAGGCUUUUACAGGUGACCUUGCAAAGGUUGAUCAGGCAUUUGGAGGUGUUUCCCCGUCUGUAACACCAUGCAAGGUUGGCUACGAUCAAGGACCUGAUUGCUCUUCUCAACGACCUCACGAAGUUUCUGUCAGGGGUCCACCCUACUGCGAAGACAUUCCUUGCCGCCAAAAUGGAGAGGAUAGGGGGCGGAGACCGGGACGGCCCAAUUGCUCACUUUUGAAGGAGCCAUGCGCGUGGCACUUGAGACUGCGCUUCUACCAGGUGCUCGACUGGCAGCACCGCAUUUUCUCCUACCUAUACGACGACAUCGUUAGGUGGGAACCAACCCGUCAGCUUGCCUGGAAAGACCAGAUUUCACAAGGGCCCUGGGGACGAGCUGAGACAAGCAGCUGUGGUACCAGCCAGUUUGAUGGCAACCUUGGGGCUCUUAAAGAAAUGACGGCCAGAAGCUGGCGUUUGCACUCGAGGUUUCUGGGAGGAAUUCAUGUAUCAUUGAGGCAUAUGCUGUUUUCUCUAAACGCCAGAUUCUUGAGGGCUGAGUUUGAUGUUAAACGGAAAGUCGGCGGGUUUACGGCGGCUGCCUCUCCUCUUAUCCCGAAAGGGACGCCGACCCGAUAUGUUAGCCGCGUGCUGAAGCAGGCACUGCAAGAUCCACAGCAGUAUCACUCACCGAGCGGCUGCGGGAAGUCUCUACAUGAAGAAAUACAUAAGGCGGCAACGGUAGGGGGGGGGAGAGGAGGGUAUGAUCAAAUCUUUAAAAGGCGUCCCCAAAAGCAUGGCAGCAGCUACACUUUAUGCCCCCAAUCCAUCGCGAAUAGGCCAACAAGCGCGCCCGAACCAGCAGGACCAGCAGUAGCAAUGACCGAGAAGGCGGCACCUGAAAAUUCAGUGCACUGUAACUGGGUAUGGGCCUUAUUCAAAGCUUUAGGUGUUGGAGUAUUCAGUGGAUGUGCUGUCUUGGGAGCUGUUGCUGACGGAAUACGAGCGCUGUUGUGGCUGUAUGGCCGGGUGCACCAGCUUGGAAUUGUCUUAUCUGCUGCUGGUCAUGUGGCCUCUGAGGCAGCCAACGCACUAUGGAUGAUUUUAGAAGAGGACUGGGCUUCGUCUCCAUUUCUUUUGCCCCAGCCCCUUUGGGGUGGAGGGAUGCGCGAGAGGGGAGAAACGCCCAACAAACUUACAGAGGCAGAUGCGGAAGCUCAAAAGCUGCCGCGGUUUGCUGUUUCUCCUCCCAGAUUUGGGUCCGACUGCGGAGGCACUCUGUUUAAGAUUGUAUCGGACAAGCACAGGUCUGCCCUGGCGACAAUGAGUCGUAACGUGGCUGCAUCUCUUGCGCUGCUUCGUAUCCCUGCAACAGCCCAUGGCCGUCACUUCAAAUGCCCAGAAAAUAUUCUCUCCAUAUGGCGAAAAAGCCGCUCUGCGUCUAACUCCGGUCAGUGCAGUAUGAACACAGGAGGCGCUGUUUAUCUGUCUUGGCUGAACCACCGCACCGCAGCAGAGGAAGGGCAGGAAGCAGAAGGUGCAGAGUUGCUUGGCAUUUUGCCCCUGAUACUUCGACACCUGCGGACUGCAUCUGAGGAAGGCGAAAAGCUGGAGAGAUCGCUGCGGUUUACAGAAGAGAAGGUUGAAAGCUUUCAAAACUGUACCAUUGCAAGGACGUCGGAGGACCUUCCGGUUCAACCGUCGGAGAGGGAUUUGCAUUCUGAAGAGCCAGAACAACCACUGCAGGCAACCGUUUCUGAGCCUGUGCAAUGCUUCGAGAUCUACACGGCUGUUGGGCAAGAUUCUCUAACUAAUAAAUGCAGAUUCCAAGAAGAAGAAGGAGUGAAGGAAGCCUUCGCUGAAGGUGACCCAGCUGUGCGAGAGCGCAGUCAAAUUACUCUACGAGAGCUAGAGCUGAGACUGAAAAGAAAGGAAAGGGAACGACAGUGCAUCCCUCGUGUGUUGAAGGAACUCUCAGUAGUUGCAGCCGACAGCGCAGAUGGAUGUGAAAGCGGGAAAGCAGAAGACGGUGCAGUAGUUCGUCUUGUGACGCGAGGCAGCGGUGAAGCGUGCAGCUGUUCUCCACCAGAGUCACCCACGACAAGCAGGGCUUCGUCUGUAGGGGGGGACACGCAGAACGAUCAGGAGGUGGUGGCUCCUGGUUCGUAUGUUACAGGUGACCUGAAUGCCCAGGAAGCAUUACAUCAGGGUUGUGUUGGAGUCUCACCAGUGCAGGCAAAGCACACUGUGCUCGAGGCUUUAAGCCAACCACAGGAGACGUGCAUAUUCCCAGAUGUAGAUAUUAUAGACAACGAACAAGCAGCAUUUCGAAUCUGCCGAGAGAAAUUCAAGGGGCCCUCCACACGGGGCGUCGCCUUUAUGCCUGAGACUCUGGUGACUCAGUCCCUCAUGUCACAAUUACGAGGUGUUCUCAAGAGCCAGAAAAGGACACACACUGUGUUGACCUCCACAGAAGCAUCUUCAGGGACACAUCAGGGAUCCAAUUCAGUUACAUUCGGCGACUGCAUAGCGGACGAAGAGUGGAGCGCAUGCGACGUUGUUGAAGGGCCGAGCUGUGCUGGAGAAAUUCCGACCUGGGUGGAAGCCCCCUCUGAUUCGGGGGACAGUGGAGUGGUUAGUCCGAAGGGACAGGGGCGAAGCUCCAUGCAGUAUCCUGACGGUGGAACUACUGGUGAAUCUGGGUGCCCUGUGGAUGGUUCUCCUUCAUGUCCGAGUGGGAACGGCUAG